CUCACUUUUCGAUGCUGUCAUUCUAUUGACGCCUUGCACUCAGCAGUCUUUUUCACAAAAAAAAAACAGUUAACUCUCAUGGUAAUGGCGCUGAAUUUACAAGUAAAAGUGCACCCGGCGGUCCUGUUUCAAAUCGUGGACGCUUACGAAAGACGUAACGCCGACUCGAACCGCGUCAUCGGAACCCUUCUGGGUACCUCGGACAAGGGCAUCGUGGAGGUUACCAACUGUUUUUGCGUGCCCCACAAAGAAUAUGACGACCAAGUGGAGGCCGAACUCUCGUACGCCAUGGACGUGUACGAGUUAAACAAGCGAGUAAACUCCAACGAGAAUAUUGUGGGAUGGUGGGCCACCGGACACGAAGUGACCAACCAUAGCGCCGUAAUUCACGACUACUAUGCCAGGGAGUGUGUGAAUCCCAUCCAUUUAACCGUCGAUACGAGCCUGCAGGGAGGCAGGAUGGGCCUUAAAGCUUACGUCUGCGUGAACUUUGGAGUUCCCGGUGGAAAACAAGGGUGCAUGUUCACGUCCAUCCCGGUCGAAAUAACUUGCUACGACCCGGAAGUGUUUGCUUUGCAACUGUGCCAAAAGACCAUAAGCAGUACCGGACGGCCCAGAAACGUGAAUCCCGCAUUGGACCUCGCUCAGGUGGCGGAGGCGGGCAACAAAAUGGGCACCUUGCUGGAUCAGGUGUUAAGUUAUGUGGAGGACGUACUGGCGGACCGGCAGCCGGCCAAUAACGAGGUGGGAAGGAGCCUUUUGCAUCUGGUUAACUCUGUGCCCCACAUGAGCCCCGAACAGUUCUCCGAGAUGUUUAAUAGCAACGUGAAGGAUCUCCUUAUGGUGAUUGCUCUGUCGCAACUGAUUAAGACCCAGUUGCAGCUUAACGAGAAGCUUACAUUGUUGACCUCUGUUUAAGAUGGAAGUUAAUGGGGUGUAAUUAAAUUUUUAUUUUGA